UGCAUCCUCUACAAAUGUAAUUAGAUAAUUUUAUCUAGGCAAAAUACUGUUGUAUAUCCACAACUAUCAGGUUUGUGACAAAUAUAUCCACAACUAUCGAAAUACAUGAAAUAUCCAUUUCCGUCCCCUCCGUUAACUCCGUCAGUUAAUUUGAUGACUGGACAGACGAUGGAUGCUUAGUUGGCGUGUUUCUGACCCCACUAAAUGACGUGGAUUAAAAGAGAAAAAAAUUUAGGGUACGGAUUCUUUCAAGAUUCUUAUUACAAUAAUAUCGCAUUUAGCCGUCUAAGCCCGCUCAAGGAAUCUUCCAGCCAUGCCAAUAAUAUUAGGAUGUCAAUUUCGACUUGAUCUGUUUUACCUGACCUGUUUAGUCUGUUUUGGGUGGGUCCGACCCGUCCCGUAGGCGUGGCUGUACGUGGGCACUGGGUCGUGCCGCCCACGGGCUAGCACGACACGGUACGGUUAGAGCACGGCACGAGCAUGGGCACGAAAUAAAUGGGUCUGCCCGGCACGAGUACGGAUAAUUUAUGGGCCGUGUCGGGCCUAAAUUUCAUGGGCACGGGCACGACACGGUAUAUAAGUGGGCCGUGUCGGGUCUAAUAUUUUUGAGACUUUAUCGAGUAUAAGAACGGACAUGGGACGAAAAAUAAUAUUUAUUUGAUAGAAAAUAAAUAUAAAAAAUUAUAGGUUCAAAUAUUACAAAAACACAAGUAGAAAAUUAAUUAUUUGUUGUUGUUAGAAGUGUCAUAAAGAUAUAUACGUAAUUACUAACAUAAGUAAAAAAUGGACAAAGAAUUAAACAAAGCCAAAUCACACUCGAAAUACUUCCAAUUUUCUUUUCCUCCUCAAUUGUUACUUUUCUCAAACAUUAUCUAUUAAUACUAUCUUCCCCCGUCCAAUUUUCACCUUCUUUUUAAUUCUCUCUUUUGUUUUCGUCCUUUUCAUGAAACACGAACACGAGCAUUGCAAGAGCACGAAUAGGCACGGCACGAUUCGAACUGUGUCCGGGCGUGGGUCGGGCCUAGCAAAGUUGACAAAUGGGCUUGCAUGGCACGGCACGAAAACUGACGGGCUGUGUCAAGCACGACACGAAAUAAAUGGCCCGAAGCGUGCCCGUGUCGUGCCAGCCCAAACACGGCCUGACGCCCAUGUACAAGGGUGGCAGGGCGGGCAUGGGCACUCUCAUCGACCCAAUGGAUCGACCUGCCCCGACCCGCGACCUGUAAUAAAUUACCCAACCUGCCACGGGACGGAUCUGGAUACCAAGAAACCCGCUCCGGACCUCCCCAUUGCCAAUCCUAAAUAAUAUUCACGCAGGCUGGAUUACAUGAAGAUUAACCGGCAAGAAGUUAAAAAGUAAAACUUAAAAAAAAAGGGUUAUAGGUAUAAUAUGCCCCUCUACUAUGAUGUUUUAUCAAACAUGCCCCUCUACUAUUUUUUACAUCAAAUAUGCCCCUAUACUUUGAAAAAAUUAUGAAACAUGCCCUUCUGUUAAAAUUUUCAUUGAAAAAAUCGUCAAUCGUGGUUGAACCGAGAUUUAGAUGACCGACAUCGGCAAAUGGGAGGAAAAAUGUCAGUUUUGUCCCCUAUUUUAUUUCCCUGGGUCUUUUCAAAGUGAAAUUAUUUGAAUGAUUUGAUUAUACAAAAGAACGAAAAAAAUUCUAAAGUGAAUUUAUUAUGGAUAUUUUAGUCAUUUGUGUUGCCCAAACUAAAGUUUGGCCUUGGUUAACGGUUUUUAGAUGAAAUUUUUAACAAAAUGGGAUGUUUGAUCAUUUUUACAAAAUACAGGGGCAUGUUUGAUGUAAAAAAUAGUAGAUGGACAUGUUUGAUAAAACGUCAUAAUAGAGGGGCAUAUUAUACCUGAAUUGCUAUUUGUCGCCCUAAAAUUUAAAUUUUAUCGCCCUAAAUCACACUAAAUUGACACAUUUACCCCUAAUCUCCAUUUCUAACCUAAAUCCUAAACAACCGCCUACACAGAGCCAUGGAACUGCUUCCUCUUCGCCUCCGAUUCCGAGGAAGUCGAUCAAAACGCGGCGGGCGGUUCUUGUAGAAUGAACGAACACGGAGGAGAGCAUAAUCAAGCAAGAUGACCGGCGAUGGCGACAGAGGGAGAAAGUGGCGAGAGCGACGGAGAAGCAACAGUUGCUAUGCUGGUUUCGUGCAGAGAAGUUCGGAAUGGUGUGCGUUUGUCUUCUUUCCUUGCGGGAAACAUAAAAUUGCUCAGCUGUGCAUAUCAUUCUUCUUUUGCAGUUAUGGGAUUUGAGUUUUUUGUUUUUAAUUUAUUAUGAAACAAGUAUCAAAAUAAAUUUGCUCCCCGCCGAUCCCACUACCCUCAUCCGUCGCUUCUUUCUCUCAGCCACCCACCAACAGGAUUUCAGCUGCCGCUACUGCCACUCCCACAACCGUUGAUACUCUGUUUCCGGCAGUCUGCAUGUUGUUGAAGGUUUGUGUUUGUAAGAAGAAAAAAAAUAAACUAGGGACAUUAGGGUAAAUUGAUUAAGCGUUAGGGCGACGAAUAACAUUUUUUAGGGCGACGAAUAGCAAUCCCCUAUUAUACCUAUAAAAAAAAAUGCUCAGCGCCAAUAGGCCCAGACAGCCAGCGUCACGGAUAAAAAAGCCUAUAUGCUACACCCAUACGACCCUCCAGGUCCAAGGCCGGUUGUAACUACUAAUUUCUACGAUUAUAGAAUUCGGUAAUUCCUAACCCGACCCAACAAGGAUUCCAUUUUCAAAGAAGAUAUUUAGGAGUCGUUUGCUUCAUGGAUUUAAAAAUGAGGGUUUUGUAAUUUAAAAACCCAAGGAUUUAUCAAGGAUUUGAGGCAUCAUGGAUUUGUAACAAUCCUUUGUUUGUUGGGAUGUUUUUAUUAUGGAUUUAAAUGUGUGGGAUUUACUACUUGAAUUCAAAAAUUACAUUACUGCCCUUUUCUAUACGUUUGACAUGUUUAUGAUAUGUACACAAAACAAGGACAAAACUUCAAAAUUACCUUACUAUCAUUUUCUAUAUGUUUGACAUGUUUAUGAUAUGUACACAAAACAUGGACAAUACAUACUAAUAAGCAUAAUGUUGCCACAUGGACAAUAAUAAUAAACGAGAAAAUUCCGU